AAACGACCAUCACUGCGGUAGACACUAAAUGUAGAAGAAGAGGAGGAGAAGAUGACUCUUGCGGCGGGCGGUGUGCAAUCCGGUGUGCAAUACACCUUCACCUUCAUACCAACAAUGGCCUUGGGCCUAAACUCUGUCACCUGCUAUCGUUUCUUCGACGCAUCGCUGCGGUGUACUUUCCACCUUCACUUGGACUUCUUCUCACACAUAAAAUCCCGCCCGCCUUCCUCAAGUCUUCCACUCUCGUCGAACCUUUCCAGUAUUCCGUUCUUGGUCUCACAUCACGCUUUGAGAAUCUCUAGCAACACCUCUAACCACCUUCUAAGAAGUAAAUAUCCGAACAUCAUCAACAAUGCCUCCCAAGAAGGACACUAAGGAUGACCCGAACUCGGUUGCUGGGUUCGACGGUCGCGAGACGAAGUUGUUGGCCGCUGCCUUCCUCGCAACCACUGCGCCGGACAAGUACGACUAUGAGCUUUUCGCGACGCUUACCGGCAACACGGCUGGCUCGCUCAAGAAGAUGUUUCCCCCGGUGAAGCGCAAGGCCGUCGAGGCUCACCCAUCAUUCGCCGCCUUCCUUGGGGCCCCUGCCACUGGUACCGGCGAAGAGACCAAGGCUGCUCCCAAGGCCGCCGCUGGAAGGAAGCGCAAGGCGAAGUCUGACAGCGACGACACCGAGGCAGGCAAGGAGCUAAAUCCCGAGAUUUCCAUGGACGACGUCAAGACCGACAGCAAGAAGAAGGCUCCGGCCAAGGGUCGCGGUCGCGGCAAGAAGGCCAAGACCGAGAAGGCUGAGGCUGAGGCCAAGGAGGAGGCCAAGGACGACGGCGAGACGGGUAUGUGCACCAUCUCAAGGAACAUAUCGAAUUUGGCUAACAGUGAAGCGGUCGAGGAGGAUGAGGAGAUCUAGAUCUUUCCUUCACGGCUCCCCACGCUUUCGUUCUCGGAUCCCAGGGCGUUCACGGCGGGUCAUGGUCUUCUUUGGUUGUGAGACUGGUCAGUAUGGGCAUUUUUGGGUGGAUAUCUCUACG